CAAACAUUAGAUUAUGAAAAAUUUCGCAAAUUUUGCAUCAAACCGGAACGAGUGACAGAGAGAGGCAGGGGUAGCGCAGUGCAGGUAAGGAGAAAGCAAAAUCGAAAGCCAUGGCGGAAGUGAAGAACAAACAGGUGAUAUUCAAGGAGUAUGUGGAAGGGUCUCCCAAAGAAUCGGACAUGAACUUUACAGAUGCUGCCACCAUCAAGUUGAAACUCCCUGAUGAUGAAGACGAAGCUUCGAAAGCCGUGUUGGUGAAGAACCUCUACUUGUCAUGUGAUCCUGUGAUGCGCAUCCUUAUGAGAAAACCUGGAGACGAAACUUCAGCUUAUUUUACACCCUAUGCCCCUGGUUCUCCCUUGAGUGGGUAUGGAGUGGCUAAAGUUUUGGAUUCCAGAAACUCGAACUUUAAGGAAGGUGACCUAGUCUGGGGUACAACCAAAUGGGAAGAGUACAGCGUAAUCACCGCACUGGAAAGCCUCCGUAAGAUCCAACACACCGAUGUACCCCUUUCUUACUACACUGGCAUUCUCGGUAUGCCUGGUCUGACUGCCUAUGCAGGCUUCAACGAAGUUUGUUUUCCUAAGAAGGGAGAAUAUGUCUUCAUUUCAGCGGCAUCUGGUGCGGUUGGUCAGCUAGUUGGACAGUUUGCAAAGUUGUUGGGUUGUUACGUUGUCGGAAGUGCUGGAAGUAAAGAAAAGGUUGACCUUUUGAAGAGUAAGCUUAACUUUGAUGAAGCUUUCAAUUACAAGGAAGAGCAUGACUUGAACGCAACUCUGAAAAGGUACUUUCCCGAAGGCAUUGACAUAUACUUUGAGAAUGUCGGGGGGAAAUUUCUUGACGCAGUCCUCCUUAACAUGAGAGUCCACGGCCGCAUUGCAGUGUGCGGAAUGAUUUCACAGUACAAUCUUGAUCAACCUGAAGGUGUCACAAAUUUGAUGUGUCUCGUAUAUAAGCGGAUCCAUAUGCAAGGUUUUACAGUCCGCGAUUACUAUCACCUCUAUCCCAAGUACUUGGACUUUAUACUUCCUUGUAUAAGAGAGGGAAGGGUGGUCUAUUUAGAAGACAUUGCUCAAGGCCUCGAGAACGGACCAGCUGCGUUGGUUGGACUUUUUAGGGGACGCAACGUCGGAAAACAAGUAGUUUCAGUUUCCCAGUUUUAGCGGAGCAUUCCGUUGUGUAUCUUCUUGUGCCUGUGUCAAUGCGUCAUGUCUCCGUGGGACUAAAUCGUAGGUCUGUGUUUGUCAAUAACGUAAUUACCUAAUGUAGGCGUGUAUUGACUUAAUGAAUAACAGCAGACAGACAAACUAAGUAUCUGAUGUCUGCGUUUGUGAAACUUGCAAGACCAGUUUAUCACAUUGGAUGUUUUCCUCUU